AUGCGCCUGAUUUGCAUGAAUGAGAGACAGUUUCCUGCAAAUCAAGUUCACGAGCAUCUCCUAACAAGGGGUUUUAUGCGUAAUUACGCAUGUCAGGACAAUCAUGGUGAAGAUGAGAAUUACAAUGUGCAUAAUCAUGGUGAUGAAAUGGACGGAGAGAAUGCGGAGUUGCCUGCCGACGAAGGUGGAUAUGAUAGUGAAGAAUCAGAUGGUUUGGAUCAGAUGUUGCGUGAUGGAGAGACAGCCUACAGUGAUGAAAGGCAAUAUGAGAAGUUCAAGUCCAUGGUGCAGGACUCAAAAACUCCGCUUUAUCCAGGAUGCAAAGAGGAGCACUCCAAGUUACAUGUCGUCCUCUCAUUGCUGCAGUUGAAAUCAACCAACGGAUGGAGUGACAAGAGCUUCACAGAGCUUCUGCAGUUGAUCGGAGACCUCCUUCCAGCAGGUCAUGUAUUGACAGAAACAACAUACAGAGCGAAGAAGGUUGUCUGCCCGCUUGGACUGGAAGUGCAAAAAAUUCAUUCAUGUCGAAAUGAUUGUGUCCUAUAUCGAGGUGACUAUGCAGACUUGGAUACGUGUCCAGUUUGCAAAACACCGUGGUAUAAGGGUGGAGAUAACGAUGAUGAUGCUGAUGAUGACAGUGGUGGCCCCGACCUGAAGAAGAGGAAAGUGCCCGUUAAGGUUGCAUGGUAUUUUCCUAUAAUCCCUUGGAUUGAACGCAUGUUUGCAAAUAAGAAGCAUGCAAAGAUGAUGCGUUGGCACCACGAAGAGCGUAAGAAGGAUGGGAUGAUAAGACACCCUGCCGACGGAUCUCAAUGGAGAAAGAUAGAUAGAAAGUACAAAAAGCAUUUUGCGCAGGAGAUUAGGAAUAUAAGGUUUGGGUUGAGCACAGAUGGGAUGAACCCGUUCGGUGACAUGAGCAGUCGGUUAUAA